AUGACAGAUGAUAUGGGGCAGGCCUUGACGAUAACAGCCCUUGUGCUUGUAUCUUUAUUUUGCAUGGGCUGCUGCCUAGUUUUAUUCAGAAAAAUGUAUAAAACCGCUCAGAGACAAAGGCAGAUUUACGAUCAGCAUUUCCUAAACUACUUGAGAGCUACCAACUAUGCAGUGCUACCAGAAAAUUCCGCAAUUUUUGAAGAUGAGCUUGAGCGAUGAUUUCCCCGAACUUCUUUUACUAAUGGAAUGGUGCAAGUCGGUCAAGGAACUUGCUGCAUUUGCUUUGAAGAGUAAAAAUCAUAUAGUUUUAUUGACGGUAUUCAUAUAAGAAAACUUACUUGCAAGCACAUUUUUCAUGCAAAGUGUAUUGAUGACUGAUUCCAUAGAAGAGAUGCGCCUAAAUGUCCACUUUGUAAGGUUAAUCCUUUUGUGCCUGCAGAGCAGAUUCCAGUUCCGAGUGCAAAUGAGCAGUCAGAUAUUCAAAGAGGAGAGUCUGAACAAGGCGACCAGGUUGCAGUUCUUUCUGGGAGGGAUUUAGAAGAUGAAAUUUCACAUACCUUACCAUAA